AGACGAGUGGGCGGAACCGCGCCUCUCCAGCGGCCCCAGGACAGGGCUGGGAGCACAGCUCCCCGGAUGGCCAUGGAGCGUCCUGUGAGAGUGAGGACUUGGGUGGCGGAGAACCGGGCCUCCUUCCUGCCCCCUGUCUGCAACAAGCUCCUGCAUCAGGAGCAGCUCAAAGUCAUGUUCAUCGGGGGCCCCAACAUCAGGAAGGACUACCACAUCGAGGAGGGUGAGGAGGUGUUUUACCAGCUGGAGGGCGACAUGGUUCUCCAAGUCCUGGAGCGAGGGAAACACCGGGAUGUGGUCAUUCGGCAGGGAGAGAUAUUCCUCCUGCCCGCUGGGAUCCCCCACUCUCCGCAGAGGUUUGCCAACACCGUGGGGCUGGUGAUUGAGCGGAGGCGGCUGAAAACCGAGCUAGAUGGGCUCCGGUACUACAUCGGAGACACCACGGACGUCCUGUUUGAGAAGUGGUUCUACUGCGAGGACCUCGGCACACAGCUGGCCCCCAUCAUCCAGGAGUUCUUCAGCUCUGAGCAGCACAGAACAGGAAAACCCAACCCUGACCAGCUGCUCAAGGAAACGCCGUUCCCCCUGAGCACACGAUCCGUCAUGGAGCCCAUGUCCCUGGAAGCCUGGUUGGAUAGCCACCGCAGGGAGCUACAGGGGGGCACACCCCUCAGCCUCUUUGGGGACACCUAUGAGACCCAGGUGAUCAUCUAUGGACAAGGCAGCAGCAAAGGCCCAAGACAGGAUGUGGACCUGUGGCUGUGGCAACUGGAGGGCUCCUCCAUGGUGACCGUGGGGGGACAGCGCCUGAGCCUGACCCCUGAUGAAAGCCUCCUGGUGCCAGCCGGGACGGAGUAUGCCUGGGAGCGAGGGCAAGGCUCUGUGGCCCUGGCUGUGACCCAGGAUCCCGCCCGCAAGAAGCCCCUGGGGUGACUGCCUUGCUGUGGGCCCAGAGCAGUCACAGGAUGUGCCACCGCGCCACCCCUGUCGAACUACUACUUUCCCAGCCCUCACUGCUUUUAAGUGUCCUGCUGCUGAGUAACCCAGCUUCGUCAUCCAUUCUCCUCCUGCCCGCUGUCACCAGGCUCCUGAGGGGCCAGUUGCUCUCCUUCUCCUCUAACAACCUUCAGCCCUUUGUCCUGAAUGGUUCUGCCAGGUGGUCUGUCCCUGAGGCUGGACGGCCUCUCCAUCCCUCUGUCCCCACAGGCUCAGUUCAGCACUUGUCUGCCACUGAGAGGACCCCUCAAUAAAGGCCUCUUGGUGGACAAGUGCCU